GUAACUCAGUUAAGGCAAGAAGUUAUAAAUUUAAAGGAUAUAAAUUCCAAUCAACAGAAGUUAACCAAUGAGCUGAGUACAUUAAAUGAAACUCUCAAAGAACAGAUAGAUGUGCUAUUUGAAAAAAAUGAGACUAUUCAAAUCAAAUUAGACGAGAAAGCGAAGUUAUAUGAACAAGCCCAAGACCGGUUAGAUGAAUGUCGAGAUGAAUGCUAUCAAAUAAGAGAAUCUUUGAAAGGGGCGCAUGAAGAUAUUUCAGAAGCAAGAACCGCUUGGAGAAAUCAAAGAGAUAGAAAUCGGCAUAUUGCUCAAGAAUUGCAAAAUUGUCAGGAGCAUG